AUGUCACAAGUAUUACAGAGUAGUGUAUCCCUGGUGUCAGUUCGUCCAAGAAAUCCAUCUAUCACUAGUGAAUUUGAUGAUGAAAACAAUCCACAUCAUGUUUAUUUUGGUCACAAGAAGCCAAGGAAUAGUAAAUCAUCCUCCUCUCUUCAGAGUACUACUCCGAAUAAAAAUAUUAAUCCCACCGAGGCUAAAAAUGAAAAUGAUGGCGGUGAAAGAACAGAAUGGUCGUCUCGUUUAAAUUUUCUUUUAUCAAGUAUAAGUUUUGCAGUCGACUUGACUACGGUAUUUCGUUUUCCCUACUUGUGCUAUAUCCAUGGUGGUGGAGCAUUCCUUAUUGCCUAUUUAGUAAUGUUAAUUUUCUGUGCUGUCCCGCUAUUUUAUAUGGAGUUAUUAGCUGGGCAGUAUUUUCGUCAAGGUUGUGUCAGUAUAUGGAAAUUAGCAAUACUUUUUAAAGGCAUUGGAUGGGCUUCAGUUGUCCUGAUAUUUUUUGCCAGCCUUUAUUAUAAUGUAAUUAUAGCUUGGUCAUUUUUCUACUUCUUCGCAUCGUUUAUACCUGAGUUACCGUGGGAAAAGUGUAAUCAUUGGUGGAAUACUAUACACUGUCAAGAACAGUCCAGGCGUAACAUUUCACUUGUAAAUUCAUCUGUAGCAACUGCAGCUAGAGAGUUUUUUGAGAUUCGAAUGCUUGGUGUCGAUAAAAGUUCUGGAUUCAAUGAUUACGGUUCCAUUCAAUGGGAAGUUUGUGGUUGUUUAUUCCUCAUAAAUCUACUUCUCUUUCUAUCACUGUUCAAAGGAGUUAAAGUAUUGGAGAAGGUUUCUUGGAUAACAGCAGGCGUACCAUAUCUUGCUAUCGCCAUUCUACUUAUUAGGGGAUUAACACUGGAAAAUGCAUUUUACGGCAUUAGAACGUUUCUCAAUCCUUCAUUUGGUAAACUAUUGGACUGGGAUGUAUGGUUUGCAGCCUCUAGCCAAGCUUUCUUCUCGUUGGGUGUUGGUUUCGGUGUACAUUUAGCCUAUGGAAGUUAUAAUCAAGUUGAUCAUCCAGCUUAUGUGGAUUGUAUUUUCACUACUGCAAUGAAUGCGUUCAUUAGUGUCCUGAAUAGCAUAACUUUAUAUUCAUUUAUGGGUUAUUUAUCAAAGUAUCAAAAUGUUCCACUUUAUCAAACAUUUGAUGGAAAUGGGUGCAACAGAAUCCUUCUUGACAGCAGUCUGUGAUGAAAUUACUAUAUUCAAUAUUAACAAAAAGAAGUAUUUUAGAGAAGGAUUAACAUUUAGCUUUCUAAUGGUUUCAUUUCUACUUUCAAUUCCUAACGUUUGUCAGGGAGGAUAUUAUCUGGUGCAGUACCUGGACCAA